AUGACCGCUCUCUCGAAAGCCCGCGCCAAGCUCUCCUGCGACGAGUACACAGUCGGCUGGCUCUGCGUCCUAGACUAUGAAUACGAUGUCUCCACAGCUCUUCUCGACGAAGAGCACGACACCCCAUUUAAACCUCAUGACGAUCCUAGCUCCUACACCGUUGGGCGAAUCGGAGGACACAACGUCGUCAUUGCCAAAUGUACCCGAGCAGGGACAACCAAUGCCUCAACAGCCGUUACACACAUGCUUCGAACCUUUGACAAAAUACGCUUCGGAUUGAUGGUGGGCAUUGGCGGUGGCGCUGCGGAUGCCCCUGGAUCGCACGACCCGAGGAGGUCAACAACGGAUAUUCUUCUGGGGGAUGUCGUUGUUAGCAAGCCAGAAGGCAAUCAUGGCGGGAUCCUACAGUACGACAAGGGUAGACGAGGACCCGGGAAAUUUGAGAUUGAGUCGCACUUGAACAGCCCUGGAAACCUACUCAUCUCUGCUACCGACAAGCUCUCACGGGAUCACAGGUUCAAGAGAGGGAAUAUGGCGGGGUAUAUUGAAGAAGCGCAGUUGAAGCUCGAAGCCCUAGGCAUGAGCCACUUCAGCUUUCCGGGCCGCCAUCAUGACCUUCUGUUUGCGACUAGGUACAACCAUCCCAACAAGACCGAGAAUGACUGUCGGAACUGCGAUAGGGCCGAAGUUGUUCGAACAUCGGUGCCGCGGAAUGACCCAGUUGUCCACUAUGGGCUCAUUGCAUCUGGGAACACUGUGGUUCGGGACGCGCACAUGCGGGACACCAUGCGACGCGAGCACAAAGUUGUAUGCUUUGAUAUGGAGGCGGCUGGUUUAAUGAAUAACUUUCCGUGCCUUGUUAUCAGAGGCAUCUCGGACUAUGCUGAUACACACAAGAAUGAUCUAUGGCAGCCGUAUGCGGCUCUUACAGCGGCUGCGUACGCGAAAGAUCUCCUGGCGCUGAUUCAGCCGCAGGAGAUUGUAGCGCUGGAUAAAUUAACUGAUAGGCUUGAUCAAAUUAAUGGAGUGCUUGACAGUAGCUACCGCAAGAAGAUCUUGGAUUGGAUCACUCCUCUUGAUUUCCACGAUGAACAGCAGAGGGUCUAUGUGGAUAGCGUGCCCACGGGGGAGUGGCUGAUCAACUCAGAUGUGUUUGAGUAUUGGGCCGAUGGGGCUCGUUGUCAGCUUCGAUGUCAUGGAGAAGCAGGUACCGGCAAGAGCUAUCUUUGCGCUCUGAUAGUGCACCAUCUACGACUGGAUCGCCCCCUCUCGCCAGUCAUCCACAUCUCCCUGAGUGACCAUGAAGACAGUCAAAAGCUCCAGACGGGAGUCAACCUUCUAGGCAGCAUGGUGAAGCAACUGCUCCUGUUCAACACCACUCCUGAGAACCCCUGCAAAAUACCCACAACACUCAGGAACGCAUACGAGAGCCACUGUCGGUCCGAGACGAUACUUAAACAGACAUUCGAGGCACUGCUAGACGAGCACAAGAGAACAUACCUUGUCAUUGAUGGGCUCGACCUAUGUUCCAAAGACGCCCUGACGAUUCUAAAGGCGUACCCGCUCGAGCUGAUCAGUCAGGAUUCGCACGUCUUCCCGCCAUUUGGCGGGCAAGGGGUGGCAUGUGGUGUUCAGGAUGCGGUCGGGCUAGCCUGGCGACUCGCCAUUCUCACAAAGGUUGACUCCCUGGCGCACUCGCGGACUCUGCGGGAAUCUCUUCUUCAGGCCUGGGCGGAUGAACGUCGAAUGGGCACUGACAAUUCCGCCCGGCUAACCUGGCAGAACGGCGAGUUAUGCAAUAAAGAAGGUUCAUGGUCGUUAUCAAUUCAGCUCGCCUGUCUGAAUAUUGUCCAGGGGUUUCUAGGGGCACUGGGUAUACGUCUGGGGCCGUUUGGAGCAGAUAGCCAAGGGUACCGCGGCUGUGUCGGGGGUGGAUUCACUACCGAACACGGUGGUGGCAUCAAGUUGGGCCAGGUCUACGUGCAGAUACGUCUUCCUGAUAGUCCAAUCCUGAGGGUUGAGCUGUCUGACCAGGCGCUUCGCCGUGUUCCCACCAUUCUCACUCUUCUUGUCGUCGCACCCAUGCAGUGCCCCGAAAUGGAGCAGGAACUAGACGGGCUGCUUCAGGUGCUUCAGCAAUCUGGAAUAGAUCCUUCUGUGUUAUCGGAGCAGUCGAUUGUGCAGUUCGAUUCUUCUAACUCGUUAGAUCACCUCUCUGAUGCGAGUCGGUGGCCGGUUUGCCGUGUAGCACCUGCGGACCUGCUUAUUGGGUACCCCGUCCGUCCAGGAUAUAACUCCAACCAAUUCAUGCGUCGUUUGGGUGACACUCGCGCUCGAUACGUGAUUCUGAGGCCAGAUAACAUUGUUAUUGCCAUGAGCAGAGACCUAAGUGGCCUGAAGAAUAGCUUGGACGCGCUGGAAAAGACUCUGACCUAA